AUGAAAUUUAAGCAAUUAGAAAAUGUUUACACCGGAAAACAAUUGGCACCCUCAUUUUUCUUCCAUUUUAUUAAUAUUUUGUGCGCAAAUAUUUUAGUUGCAAUGUUAACCUACAUCCAAUUACCAACUGAUAUUUUUAUUGAUAUUAGUAGUUUUAUUUUAAUAAUACAUUCAAUUUGUAAGCUAGGCAUUGAAAUAACUGUGAUAACGUAAGUAGAGUUUAUCUAGAAAUUAUUUAUGGAAUUGUGCUGUUUCCCCCACAUGGGUGCUCUUUAGGGAUGGUCUAUUCCGCCUUGCGUAGAAUUCCCUUUUUUCGGCACUUCCGCCUUAUUAUGUUACGCUCUCUUACGCCCUCA